AUGUCAUCAAAUCCAUUUUCUGAAGAAACAAUUCCAUCUCGCCCGGGAAAACCUGCACACCUCUUGAGUUAUAUGAGGUUAGAUGAUGAAGGACUAAUUUUGUUAGAUGAGCAAGCACUGAGAAUUUUAAAAGAAGUUGAAGAGCCUAUUGCCGUUAUAACUGUUGUUGGCUCUUAUAGAAGAGGAAAAUCAUAUUUCGCAAACACUCUUCUCGGACGUCAUGAUGGGUUUAAACUUGGUUCAUCUGUGGAUGGAUGCACCAAAGGCAUCGAUAUUUGGGAUACCCCAUUCAGUCAUGAGGGCAAACGUGUUGUUGUUAUUGAUUGUGAGGGUAUUAAUGAUCCUAAUCAGGAAGCUCCAUGGGCAAAUAACCUUUUUAUUUUAUGUCUGGCCAUCUCUUCAACGCUUAUAUAUAAUAUUAAUGGAGUUAUUGGAAGGGAUGAUAUUGAAAAGUUAUUCUUAGUGACUAAUGUCGUAUCUAAAAUCCAACCUCCAAAUGAACACCAAUUUUUACCAAACCUCGUCGUUCUCCUUCGAGAUUUCCAACUAGAUAGUCCGCCUGACUUUGUAGAGUAUUUUCUUGACAGAAUAUCAAAGGUUAAUGAUGAUGCCGCGAAAGAGAUUAAAAAGUUUUUUAAAAAUUUCCAAGUUUAUGAGAUUCCACCCCCAGGAAUUGGACAAGAAGCAAUGAGAAACAUGAACGCGAUUAGGACAGAUCAAUUAGAUCGCAUGUUUGUUACAAAGAUUAAAGAAGCCGUAACAAAUAUUUUUAAAGACUUACCUCCAAAAUAUCUUGGCGCUUCAACAAUGACAGGAGUAGCUUUUGCUGAAUUUCUUGAAAAAUGUGUUGAUCAAUUAAAUAAUCCAGCAAACACUAUGUUAUCGAUUCCAAGUGCAUAUGAAGCUUCUAUUAAUUAUGCUGCUCGAAAGGCGGAUAAGACUUGUAUUGAACAUUAUAAUGAAAUGAUGAACCAAAUGAAAUUUCCAACUCCUUGGGAUAAGUUUGAAGACGUUCAUAGUGUCGCAUUUGAAUUUGCGCAUCAAAAAUUCAUUCAACAAAUCAUUGGAAGCGCUAAUCAAAUUCAGUCUUUUCAAAAAGAAUUUUGUAAUAAGAUUACCGCUUCAAAAGAUCAAUUUUUCACAGAAAACUCUGCUGCUUUAAUCAAAUAUCAUAAUGAAUGGGCUCAUAAACUCUGGAAAGAGAAUGUUGCAUAUGGAUUGGAAAUAGAAAAUCUUUUUGAUAAGAACAAAUUUGCUGAUGCAAUUGAAUUGUUUGAACAAACUUAUGGAUCUAUAGCAAUACCAGGGCAAGAAGCUAUACAAGUGCUAAACGAAUUUAAAGCAAACCAAUACGAAGAUGCCAUUAGGCUUUUGAAUAUCUAUGAUGCCUUGCAUAAUGAACAUGCAAAUGAAAUGUUAACACAUCAACAAAAUGAACGGCAAUGUUAUGAAAUUUUACAAGUAGAAGGAAAGUUACUAGCAGAAAUAAAUAGUGUUAGGGCGGAAAAUGAAAAAAUUCAGAAACAACUUGAAGAAAAAGUAAAGACUAUAGAAGAAUGCAUUCUCAAACAGGAACAGAGGGAACAAGCACUCGAACAGCUAAAUAAUGAGAAUGCUCGAAUGCUUAGACAAAUAGAAGAUUAUAAACAAUUGCUUAAUAAUGUUAAGGAAGAAAACCAGUUGAAAAUGAAUGGUUUGCAAAAUCAACUCAAUAAUAAUGCUCGAAAGAAAAAUGAGAUUUUAGGUGUAGUGAAAGAUAUUUUUUCUGUUAUUGCACCAAUUGCACCACUUAUAGUUUCCUGUUUAUUCAAUUAG